AAGCCCUCGUCGCCGUUAGGGUUUAUCGAUCUGUUCUUCACUUUCUCGCGUUUCCUCGGCGCCAUUGUCGGAUUUCUUCGUCCUCUUCGUCGUCGCCUGUGCACCAAGAAAAAGAAGAAGGCUCCUUCUGGUCUCUGUCAAGAUGUUGCGCAGAAACGUUAGGUUAAGGAAAGAGUAUCUGUACAGGAAAAACUUGGAAGGCAAAGAGCGUUUGCUCUAUGAGAAGAAGCGGAAGAUCAGGGAAGCUCUGCAAGAAGGAAAGCCAAUUCCUACUGAGCUGCGCAAUGAGGAGGCAACCCUUCGCCAGGAAAUUGAUCUUGAAGAUGAAAAUACUGCCGUACAGCGGACACAUAUUGAUGAUGAAUAUGCAAACGCGGCGGAAAAAGAUCCUAAGAUUUUGCUGACAACCUCUAGGAAUCCAAGUGCCCCACUCACACAAUUCGUAAAGGAACUGAAGUUUGUAUUUCCUAAUGCACAGAGAAUAAAUCGUGGUGGUCAGGUCAUUUCUGAGAUAAUUGAAACGGCUCGGUCACAUGAUUUUACAGAUGUAGUGCUGGUUCACGAACACCGUGGUGUGCCUGAUGGUCUUAUCGUGUCUCACCUUCCAUUUGGUCCAACUGCGUACUUUGGAUUGCUCAAUGUGGUUACAAGGCAUGAAAUUCAAGACAAGAAAUCAAUUGGAAACAUGCCAGAGCAAUAUCCUCAUCUUAUAUUUAACAACUUUACAACCAUGAUUGGUGAAAGAGUUUCAAACAUCUUGAAGCACCUUUUCCCAGUUCCAAAACCAGAUGCAAGACGCAUCGUCACUUUUGCUAAUCAAUCUGACUAUAUUUCAUUCAGGAAUCAUGUCUACGAAAAAGCAGGAGGCCCAAAAUCGAUUGAACUCAAAGAGAUUGGUCCUCGGUUUGAACUGCGACUCUACCAGAUAAAACUUGGAACUGUGGAACAAAACGAAGCGCAGACAGAAUUUGUCAUCAAGCCUUACAUGAACACAGCCAAGAAACGCAAGUAUAUCGGCGAUUGAUCCGAAUGCCCGGAGCCUUUUUUUUGUGUUCGUUCAUGGUGAAGUUUCUAGAAUUGCGGUUUUGAUAAGUGGUGUAAAACCAUGAGCAGAUCGUUGUAAAACUUAUCGUUUCUAUAUUUGUUAGAUAAAUCUUUGAUUCAGUUCAGACAACAUAGUAUUUGCUCCCAUUGCUUUGGAACACAGCUAUGAUCUCUAAAAGACAUCCUCCUCCAGUUUACUAGUCA